GUGGCAGUGACAUAACAUGUUAAUAAGUGUUUGUGCAGUGGAUGAGGAGUGUUUUAAUGUGUUUAAACAGGUUAAAACAGUAACAUAUGACACUAACAGGAGGGGCACACACAACCGGUGAAAAGUAGUAACCAGGGAAACAUGAGUUAAGUCGGUGGCGACAUAUCAUCAUAAUCACAGCUGGGCUGUUUCUAUGGGUUAUAUAUGGCGGUGGGAAGUGGUAUAACUUCUUACAUACUGGUUUAUAAGAGCCAAGACAACAAGUAGAGCAGCAGAGGCAUACUGAGAACCAACAGUGCCAUUCAGAUCAUACUAGAAGAGGAAGGGAGACACGGUUUCAGCCACUCUGCUCUGUGGGCGCUGCUGUAGAGUCAAACCGCAGACUGCUGCAUGUACACUGCCAGCCGCCGUACCUUCCUCUCUCUCUCUCUCUGCAUCCCGCCGUACGCAUUUAACUGAGCAACAUCUCUCUCUCUCUAUCUCUCUCUCCCUCUCUUUUCUUCCCUUUGCUGCGCACACCGCUGCUGCUGUUACAGAACAGCAAGAAAAAUGACCGCCACGGAAACCAGGACUCUUCACGUUGACAAGCAACAGAUCGGAGAUGCCAUGGCAGAAACCUCGACGGUGGAGGAUGUUUUUGACGACACCUAUAAAGAGAAAGAGGGUCCCAAACCACCGAGGAUGCUAGUGUGGAGAAAUAUCAUCCUGAUGUCCGUCCUACACCUCGGUGCUCUCUAUGGACUGGUCCUCCUUCCCUCUGUGUCCCUUCCAACUCUUGCAUGGAGUGUGGUGUGCUACUUCAUCAGUGCUCUCGGUGUGACUGCCGGUGCACACAGAUUAUGGAGCCACAGAACCUACAAGGCGUCUUUUCCCCUGCGAGUCUUCCUCGCUUUAGCCAACUCCAUGGCCUUUCAGAAUGACGUAUUCGAGUGGGCGAGGGACCACCGUGUCCACCACAAGUUCUCCGAGACGGACGCAGACCCCCACAACGCCACACGGGGGUUCUUCUUCGCCCACAUCGGCUGGCUGAUGGUUCGCAAACAUCCCGACGUCAUCGAAAAGGGCAAAAAACUGGAGCUGUCGGACCUGAAGGCAGAUAAAGUGGUCAUGUUUCAGAGACGGCACUACAAGCUCUCUGUGCUGAUGCUUUGCUUCUUCGUGCCCAUGUUUGUGCCCUGGUACUUCUGGGGUGAAUCCUUGAGCGUGGGAUACUUUGUCCCCGGACUCCUGAGAUACGCUGUGGUGCUCAACGCCACCUGGCUGGUCAACAGCGCUGCGCACAUAUGGGGCAACAGGCCUUAUGACAAGACCAUUAACCCGAGGGAAAACCCACUGGUUGCUUUCAGUGCCAUAGGGGAAGGCUUCCACAACUACCAUCACACAUUCCCCUUUGACUAUGCCACAAGUGAGUUUGGCAUCAAGCUCAACUUCACCACCGCCUUUAUAGACACCAUGUGCUUCCUGGGAUUGGCCAAGGACCCCAAGAGGGUGUCGAAGGAAAUUAUCAACGCACGCAGGCAGAGAACGGGCGACGGCAGCUACAAAAGUGGCUGAGUCACGCUAGCUACAAACUCCGCGACUGAUACCGACGUGUCGAACCGAGACGGAACGUAGCAGCAGGUAUAGCAGAAUUUCAGUGGUGGUGGUUGGGGGGGGAUGAUUACCAUGCUUCUGAUUUAUAAGUUAAACCUCCUCCUGAGACUAAUAUUGGCUUUAAAGAGUUGUAGAUCCUUUCCAUAAAUUGUGUGGGUCUAUUUUUUUAAGUUUUGAAGUGUCCUCACCGACUAUUAGCCACAGCCAGCGACCUGGCUACAUGUGCAAGCACAGCUUUUUCACCAUAAUAUAAUAUAUACAAAACAGGCACAAAGAGAAUGAAAAAGGCCAAUUGGGAUUUUUUUUAAGUCUCUUUUUGGCAGCAGUAGGACAACCAGAAGAAGUCUGAGUGAGCGGUGUGUAAAAGCAGUAAUGAUUUUACUGUAUAUCUUAUUUGUUGAUGUGCUAUUUAUUAAUAGUCUUUGGCACUUUGAAAGCUUUAUUGAAACCUGUAACAGUGAGGUUUCUCUACAAGCAAUAUUGAGGGCCUUUCGCUCUAACUUCUGUCAGUACUGCUUUGUCUCAUUCCACAGGGAGUGGAGUUUCAUCUUGAUUGUUGUUUGUCUAUUUUAAGCUAAGGUUUUCUUUAUUUUCGUAGUCUUAGGCUACUAAACCAUAAGCUACCGUGUUCAAGGCGAACGCAAAGACAGUCAACACUCUUAUUGAACUGUCCCCACUUAUAACACCGGAAUAACCCUGGGUGAAUACAGUACAGAUGUGUUAUAGUUUGGGAUGCUUCCUCACCCACUGUCUCCAACUGUAUAAGAGGGGUUCUUAAUGAGGAUAAAGCUCUCUGGUGUGACGCAGUGAAGCCGCCUCAGAUUCCUCCUCCGACUGAAACAUGGAACCAGACUUCUCAUUCUUAAUCUGAAAAGAGAUAAUUAUUUAAAUUUAUUUUUGCAUUCUUUUGAAAUGCACUCAAGAGAUAACUUCUCCCUCAGAUAAGGCCAAUGAGGCAUUUGUAGGAGGUGCAUUUACCUUUUGUGCUGUGUGAUAUAUAUUAUUGAAACAUGUGUCAGGACUCUUGGACCCAAAUGCCUUAUGAUGGUUGCACACCUGAUUUAAAAAAAGGAAAAAAAAAAAAAUUUAAAAAAUGUAAAAGUGCAAGUUAUGGAUAUAAGUUAGGGCUUAAAUUUUCUGUUUAAUAACAGUUGUUUAGUGUCUGUUUUUUUUAAGGAACACUUCAAAAAUCUGAAUCCCUUAUUUAUAAUGAAAAAGAGGGACCAUUCAACAAAUCCUAAAAGAAAAUGGGAUACACAAAACAAAUACUCUAUAACAAGAUCCAAACUUGUUAUAUCAUUUAAUAAUAAUGUUGUAAUAUUUGUCACAUUUCCUCUUAUACAGAGCAACACUUUUUUACAGUGUUAACUUCUUGAAGUUUGAAUGCCUUAAAAAAAUGGCACAUUUUUUUUUUUCAACGAAAGUUUUUGCCCACUGUAUAUGUACCGUAAAUAAACCAAAUUUUCUACUUGUGACAAAAUAUGUUUUGCUGUUUUUUGUUGUAAUCCUGUAAUACUCCUUAUUCUUGUACUGAAUAAAAAAAAAUAUGUCCGUA